CUUCCUUAACACAAAAAGCUGAAUUCAAGUAUGUAUCAGCUGCAAUGAUGAUUACGAAAAAAAGCACUUAUGUCAUUUAUCGACUGUCAGACGUCAAUGUCAAAUGCCACAUUGACAUUAGUAAGGGCGUAUUUGCGUACUAUGUUGUCCAGACUUUGAUUGUAUGAUUUCAUAAUUCAAUUCACGUAAUAAUUGUUAUAUCAUACCCACGUAUUUUAAUUAUUACAAAGACAAGUCACAUUCACUAGCUCCAGAAGUUAUUUAGUGUAAAGACACAAUGGGAGACAACAGGCGAAAGAAUAAGUUCUACUUUCGCAAACGCAGAAACAAAUAUUUUUUAGAACCCGGCUUUCGCGGUUUCUUUUGCACAUGCAACUUCAGGGAAAAAGACUGUGUGAAGGAAAUGUACAACAUACUGAACGAAUACGCCGGCAAACUGUAUUCUGAUGAAGCUACAGAGGAGCCGCCAACUGUGGAGCCAGAAGAGCGAUCUGAUAGUGAAUCUGACAAUGAGACUGAUAUUUCGGACAUGCUGAAGCGUGAAGUUGAGGAUAUAAAAAAAGACUCACAAAAGUCACUUAAGCACAAAAGAUUUCAAGUCGUGGAGACAGGAGCUACCAACUGCAUCUUCAUAAAGACCAAUUUACCUUGCCCGGAGGAGCUGACUACGGCUAUCAUCAAAGACAUUUCUACAACAAAAGUCCAGAAGACUAGGUAUGUCCUUCGUCUCCUACCUAUAAUGGCAACUUGCAAAGCAAAUUUACCAGAUAUCAUGGAGUGCGCAGGUAAAUUGUUUGAUAAAUAUUUCUUAAAAGAGCCGUCUACAUUCGCCAUUGUAUUCAACAAGAGAUUCAACAGCAGUGCAUCUCGGGAUUUGAUUAUAAAGGAGCUUGCAGAUUUGAUAGUUUUAAAAAAUGGUGACAACAAGGCAGAUUUGAAGAAUCCGGGACGGUGCAUUAUUGUGGAAAUUAUAAAAGGAAUCUGUCUGCUGAGCGUCGUGGACAACUACUACACAUACAAAAAGUAUAACUUGCACGAACUGUGUAAAGAGGAGUCAAACGAUUCUGGAGAAACACAAGCGAAGAAAUUCAAGGCUGACAUAUCCAAUGAGAAUGAAAGUUCUAUAAAGUAAUUUAAAUGUUGUAUUCUGUAUGUUCCUCUGUGAAUUCCAUUUACUAGGUUAAGGCAACCUGGGGCCCCUAUACCAAUUCUGAAACCAAAUCUAUUGUCUAUUUCUUAUCUUUGUAAUAAAUGUGUCUUUAAAUAUACAAUUAUUAAUGU